CAGAACCUCUCGAACUGGGUCCUGACUUGAGCGAAACGCUUCUUCUUCGGAACCUGUGCCGUGUGCGGUUGUUUGGGUCGACAUGGCGAUGAUGUGCAGGCAGAUCAUCGGCGCCGGGUCCAGCGCUGCGGGCUGGGUCGGACUGAUCGUCGCGACCGCCACCAACGACUGGGUCCGAACCUGCGACUUCAGCGUGUCCACGUGCGUGCGCUUGGACGAGCUGGGUUCCCGCGGACUCUGGGUCGAGUGCGUCAACAACCCCGCGAUGAUGCACUGCGUCCCGCUCAACCCGGUUCUCAAUCUGCCCGGUGAGUCCAGCAGCGACCCGAGUCCCGAACCGAGAGUCAGUCCGCCGACCCGGGCGCGCGCGAGAGAGUCAGCGUGUGCGUGUGUGUGUGUCUUGACAAAGCACUGUCCUUGUGAGGACAGCCUCAGUUUGAGGGUGAGAACCCCCAAAUACCUGGGUCUCGGACUGGUUCCCAGUCCUGGUUCAGGGGCCUGGGGAGAGGGCGAUGGCCUGGAGAGGUCCCCACUAAGACAGACGCUUGUGUGUGUUCCAGCCUACAUGCAGACCGCGCGGGCGCUGAUGGUCAUCGCGUGUCUCCUGGGGCUGGCGGCCAUGUUGCUGGUCCUGCUGUCACUCACCUGCAUCCGGCUCCAGAACGACACCGCUGUCAUCAAGCACCGGCGCGCUCUGGCGGGCGGGGUCCUCUUCCUGGUGAUGGCCCUGUGCGGGAUCAUCUCCACCGUCUGGUUCCCGGUGGGAGCCCACCAGAGCGGGGGUCUGAUGUCCUUCGGCUUCUCGCUGUACGCGGGCUGGGUGGGCUCGGCGCUGUGCCUGCUGGGCGGCCUGACCCUCCUGCUCUGCAGGGUCAUCAUGGCCGGGCCGCCCGACCGUGACAACAGCUUCUACUACUCCAGGCAGGGCGGGACCGCCGUGCCACUGGACGGUCCCGGCCACGGCAAGAGCGCCCGCGUGUGACGGCCCGCCAGACCCUGUCUCACCUGUGCUGGGUCUCAGACUUGGACCCUCACCUGAGUCCGGGCCCUUGAUGAUGCCUCGUCUGCUUCUGGUGUCCGAAUAAAA